UUAUUUAUCAGCUCAAAAUACUUUUAAUUUUUUUUUUUGGUACAAUGCCGUUUUAACAAAUGCCAACCUUAUCCAACCUUUUCAUUUUCAGUAUUUAAUUCGUUAUAAUGUGAACAUCUACACUAUGACUUAACAAUAUAUUUUUUUAUUUAUGUGUUUUAUUUAAUGUGGUGUGUUUAGGUUUAGAAAUAUGACACCUAAACAUGCCUAAAGUUAUUGAAUUAACCAUUGAAAUAGAAAUACAAAAGGUGUCAUGUCCGGGUGUAUGGUUGUGUCAAGAUGGGCGCGUUUCUCUCACAGUGUUUGCUCUUGGUACUAGCUACCAAACUUGCCUGCUACCUCCUGUUUUUCCCUUACCCUUCAGAGAUGUGUUCUAUUUUCGAAAACGAUUUCAAGAAAGUUGUGCUCUAAAUAACAUCUGUUGCUUACUGAAGGAUGAAACGAUAUAUUGUGAACUGGUCCAAUGGUGCGAGGAUUGUAAUUUAAGCGACUGUGUGAUCCUGGCACAGUACUUGGGUGCUAUGAACGAUGUGCUCUUCCCCCCUAACAUGUGUUCAACCGACGGCGUCGACUUACUCAUGAGAAGAUCCAAGGAAUUCCCAGGUAUCCUGUCUCCUAAAAUCGAAAUAGCAACAAAAGUUCGUAUUGACGAAGUUUGGAAUCUACCCUGCAAUUUGUUAAGUACUACGAAGGCGAAAGACUGUCAUUGUUCGCCGCCAAAUACCGAGAGUUCAAGGCAAAGGCAAGUCUGUCAUUCAGCCCAGUAUCACAGAACAAAGUGUAACAAAACCGGAAGAAUCGUCCGGUCUAGAUCCAGGAGUCGCUCAGACGGGUCUGUGUCAUGCUGCAGUCUAGACAAAGAUCGAGGGAAGGUCUGCCGAUGUCCAAAAAACAGCGAACAAGAAGAUUUAGCGAACGACGAGAGACUCCAGAAACUGUUACUAGAGAGUCGCUAUAUAGAAAAUGAGGAGCCGAGCCAUGCAAAGACAAGCUCCAGUAAGAAAUAUUGGCCGAAGACGCCAUGCACAUGCCAGAUAUGCAAGAGAUAUCACGAACUGUUCCAUACUAAUGACAGCUGAUGAAACAUUAACUUAAAUAUAAUCAUGUAAAUAGUUUUGUUAUUAUAUUUUUUUUCUAUUAAAUUUAUCGUUGCAAUCAUGUUAUAAUUUAUAAUGAUAAAUUCAUUGUUAUUUAAUUUAUCUAUGUACAGCAUUUUUAUUGAAAUUUAGAGAUAAAUAAAACUAUAUGGCAACACCGUU